AUGCAUAAAUUCGGCGCAUACGACUUGUGGGUCGACCACUACAAUAUUUGGGGAACGGUUGAGACUGAACACCGUGGUGCGGGCGCGUAUGCCCACACUUUUUCAAAUGUCGACCUGUGGCUGAACUUGACCCUGAGUGAGGGUCUUGAUGAUGGACGCGGACAACCACUCGCGACAGAUGUCACCACUUCCCUCGUCUUCGGCUCGUGCCGCCUUUGGGCAGGAAAUUUUACGACAAACGGCGACCUAUGGGAUGACGCCAAGUGGGAGCGGCAAGGUCCGAUAUUUAAGGCGGAUUUCGACGAGGAGAUGAAAUCAAGAACGAGGGAGAUUCUACUGAGGGAGGGGGCACGGGCGUACUUUAAUAUGUAUUGGGGAUAUGGCGAGUAUACGAGACUAGAGGCUUUGCACUGGUUGAUCGAGCUGGGAGCGGCUCUGAAUCCAUGAUCCGGAAUUCAAUUGAAUGCGACGGUGAAAAAAUGAAAUUUUUCAUUAAGUAAUAAAUCGAAGGAAUACA